UUCAGUAUGUGUAGGAUUUCUGCUGUCCUGAUGUCAAUGGGGAGCUCAUUCCACCAUUUUGGAGCCAGGAUAGCGAACCCACGUGUUUUUCCUGAUGGAAACUUGGGACCCCCACGCAGUGAGGGUGCAGCGAGCCGUUUGGCUGAUGCAGAGCGGAGUGCACGUGCUGGGGUGUACGGUUUAACCAUGUCCUGGAUGUACGAAGGGCCAGAUCCAUUCACAGCAUGGUACGCAAGUAGGCCCACUGCUAUGUAGCUUGUGAUUUUCACCAAGACAUCAGUAAAGUUGUAUCUUAACCUAAAAUAAUGAAGGAUAAUUGACGUGAUAUAUUACAUUUUGUAUUAUUACCAUACGUCUUUAAAAUAACUAUCAAAUAAAUAUAGGAGAGAUAAUUGUUUUACUGUACAAGUAUCAGGAAACGAAUGAGUGAAAUACAGUACAGUUUACUUUCUCUCCAACACUGGAUUAAUAAGAGAAUAAAUAAAAUGUAAUAACAAAAAAGUUCACAACAGAUGAACAACUCGGUAAAAGAUAUACAGACAUAAGACAACAUUAAUAAAUAUAAUAUAAAACAAUAAUACAUAAACAAGACAAUAUUUUAGCAUUAAAAACGCGAGAAAAAAAAAAUAUACCGAUAUUUUUUAAGACAAAUGGUAGAAACUUGUGAUUUAACUUCUGUUGUGUGAAUGUGAAUACAAAAUGAUGCAUUUGAUACAAUUCUCAGGGGUUUUUGUGAGCAGGAGUCACGAGUCAGUCAUGGCCGUGGCGUCAUGAAAUAUGAAUCAUCCUCUGAAACAUUGAGGAAGUGACGGACAAACAUGUGGAGCAUGCUGAGUGUUGUGAGGGGAAGAUUGGCUGUUAUAAUGGAGCCCUGUCACCGCUGACUGACACCGGGAGCCGGGGUUCUGCUGGUGUUUUCCGCAGGGUUUCUGCAGGAGUGUGUCCCCAGCUGCCAAUGAGCUGCAGGGACAUUUUCCCUACUCGACAGGUGUGAAUAUUCAUCCAUCCCUCCAGCCUCAUGGCAAAGAUGAGCUGGGCUGCUGGUACUCAGUGUUUGGCUAAGGGAGAUCACAGGAAGCCAAAGCCUGAAGAGCUGUGUUACCACAAAGGGGACAUCCUCACCAUCAUCCACACCAGCACGAAGAAGGGGUUCUACAGAGUCAGACACAACUCCAGCGGAGAGGAAGGACUCAUCAACUCCACAAACGUCCGUGAGAGAGAAGCUCUGCGAGUCGACCCCGGACUCAGCUUCAUGCCUUGGUUCCAUGGGAAGAUUUCGGGUCCAGAGGCGGUUUGUAAGCUGCAGCCGGCAGAGGACGGGCUGUUUCUGGUCCGAGAGUCCAUCCGCCACCCAGGAGACUACGUCCUGUGUGUGAGUGUCUCCAGAGACGUUGUCCACUACCGCGUCAUAUACCAGGACAACAAGCUGACCAUCGACAACACACAGUUCUUCUACAACCUCAUCGACAUGAUCGAGUUUUAUUCGAGGAACAAAGGCUCGAUCGCCACGACUCUCCUGAAGCCAAAACAAAAACACGGAACGAAGUCCGCUGAACUGGAGCUGUCCAAAAGCGGAUGGCUGCUGGACAUUACAAAGCUCAAACUGGGAGAAAAUAUUGGAGAAGGGGAGUUUGGAGCUGUGUAUGAAGGAGAGUAUUUGGGCCAGCAGGUGGCGGUAAAGACCAUCAAAUGUGACGUGACGGCUCAGGCCUUCCUGCAGGAAACCACCGUCAUGACGAAGCUGCAGCAUAAGAACCUGGUGCGCCUGUUGGGGGUGAUGCUCCACAAAGGGCUUCACAUUGUCACAGAGCUCAUGACUAAGGGGAACCUUGUGAACUUCCUGAGGACUCGAGGACGAUCGGUGGUGAACUCAGCUCAGCUGCUGCACUUCGCUCUGGAUGUGUGUGAGGGGAUGGAGUACCUGGAGUCCAAGAAGUUGAUCCACAGAGAUUUGGCGGCUCGUAACGUUCUGGUUUCUGACGACAGCGUAGCUAAAGUCAGCGACUUCGGGCUGACGAAGGUGGUCUCCAAGGCCAAGUCCGAUAACGCCAAACUGCCCGUCAAAUGGACGGCGCCCGAGGCUCUGAAGAAAGAGAAAUUCUCAACAAAGUCGGAUGUAUGGAGCUACGGCGUUCUCCUGUGGGAGAUCUUCUCCUACGGUCGGCAACCUUAUCCUAAGAUGUCUCUGAAGGAGGUGAAGGAGAUGGUGGUGGGAGGAUAUCGCAUGGAGGCUCCGGAGGACUGUCCCCCCGCCCUGUACUCCCUGAUGAGGCUGUGCUGGGAGCAGGAGCCCCGCAGGAGGCCGGCCUUCAACAAACUCAGGGAGAAACUGGAGAGGGAGGCAGGGAAACACAGCGGGGGGGAGGGGGGCACCUCUGCAUCUGGAUCCUGAUGUUGAACUCACAAUGAGAGGAAAUACAGGCGUCUGAUGGAGCGGUACACACACACACUGCUCCUGUGUUUGUGUGCUGGAGAAACAUCUGGAUUCUAUCGGACGCAACAAGACAAUGUAGCGCCGAAUACUAAACUCUGCUUUACUGUGGGGUUAAUAAAAGCCAAAAGGUAUUUAAUGAAGCGAUGUCUGAAAAAGAUUAAACAUAUGUGUCUGGGGGAAAAAAAGUUGAUCCUGGAUUUAAUCCCAGAUCAUCCAAAUCUUUUUACAUCCCGGCAUUAACGCUCAACAAUACGAGACGGGCUUAAUAUGGAAAAUAUUUAAUGUUAUUGCUGAUUUACUGUAAGAAAAUAAUUGUAUUGGUAUUCUAAAAAGACAACAGCUUUUGCAGAGAAGAUCCAGAGGUUUUGAUUUACAGACACUCUGCAGGAUUUUAAUUAAUUCAUGCUUGUAUGACUGAACAGGCCUCAGCGCCUUCAACAGCACAAUGUCACUCAAAGAGACACGCACCGAUCAGGAAGAGACUUAAAAUGACUGCAGGGAGUCACAAAAUAAUUACAAAGACGUGAACAACAAACGUUAGAUAUAAAAAGGCCACGUAAAGUCGCGAACUGACAACUAAGAAAUGCAAUAUUACCACAAUGACACACAAUAGGACCACAACGAGCCACAAAAUGACUAUAAAGAGAGAUUAUAUUAUCGGAGAGAACAGAAAAUGGCAAGAAACGCAAAAACGUCUCAAAGAUACACAAAAGGACCAUGAAGAGACACGAAAUGACUUGAAAGACUCACAAAAACCCUAUAUGACAUACAAAAAUAGCACAAAGAGACACAAAAUGACUUCCAAGAAUCACAAAGACACUUCAAAAGACCCACAAAGACUAUGACGCACAAAAUAACCACAGGGACAUAGAAAAAGACUACAUAGAGAUCCAAAAUUAUGUCUUUAUUAGGAUCCCCAUUAGCACUAGCAUGAGCAUUGGCUAUUCUUCCUGGGGUCCUCACACACUCAAAACAUACAUAAACAUACAUACAACAAAAUUAAAACAAAACAGCUCUUCAUUUCAUGCAAUUUACAAGAAGUGAAAACUAAAAUGGUCAUCCAAUUAUCGCCAUCCUAAAGCCAAACAAAAGUAAAUACAAAUAAGUGUACAUAAUAUAUGCAUACAUCCAAAAUGACCUCUGAGAGACACAACAGGACAACAAAAAGGAAAAAAAACGCCCACAAAGACACACAAAAAGAUGACAAAGAUAACCACCAUGACCUUCAGCUGACUUGUUAACCAGAGAUUCAACUUUGGCUUUUUACUUUUGCAGAUGUGUUUAUUUGUACACCACAUCUUACUGUUAUUGUCACACUGCACCGGUCAACAGACCUUGAUUCAAUUCAUCUAAAUGUAAUUUAUUUGUAUAAGAAUAAAUCUGCCUCUUCUUGGGGUUUUCAGAUUACCACAGGGACUUUGGGUUAUCCACUGUUCUCCAGGGAUUUUUUUUAAUGCAGGUACUGAAUGUUUUAUUCUAAAUCUUUGAAAUGCACAUUUAUAUAAUGAAUGUUUGACCGUAUGUAUAGUCGGCUGUUUUUUUUAUAGAAAUACAAUGAAAUGUUGGUCUUUCUACACGACAUGAAGCCUCGGUUGUUGUCACGUCAGAAGUGAAAUUAAAGAUGUUUUUUUUA